AUGCAGCUAUUCUCUUUUCCCAAACCGAAGAAGAAGAAUGCCGCCUCGCCUAAGAAGGCGACGAGCGGGCUCCCGGACCCGAAUAACUCCCACAAGAAUGCCUUUGGCGACGGCGCCGAGACGGCAGGCACGCUUAACUUGCGCCAUUCUCCCAGCUCCCCCUCGCGGAAUCGACAAGGCGGCGCGAACAACCGCACCAGCACAGGGGAUCGUGCGCCCCCGUUGUCGCUUCAAAGUCCUCAGUCGCCGUCCACGAACAGCCGAUCGCACGUCGACAGCGUCAGUAGCAGCGGCUCCCAGCAGCAACAAGCGCAACGGCAAGCCUUGGAAUGCGAGAAAGCGGGCGAGGUAUCGAUGCCACAGCUUCAACGAGUCAGUGGUGCCUUAACGGGCGUCCCAAACAGGCGGACCAGUGGCAGCAGCGGCUUUCCGGUGCAUGGCACAACCGCUGCAUUGUCAGUUCGAAGGUCUGUUGCAACCGAUCCACCGGCAUCGAAGUCCGCGACGAUGAACAGCACACCAGCAACUCCACGGUCGGAUCUUACCUCCCCGAUACAGCAGCCUCCUGUGGCGCGGCUGUCGCCCUCCGAGGUCUGCACAGUGCGGAGGCCUUCCGUCCACUUCGUGUCGCCGCUGCCUGAGUAUAAUGGCGAGAAACCGCCAAUAGGGUUCCCCAAUAGGACGGCAGUCCCCUCGCCGCCGAGUAUGACCGCCACCGGUGCUGAAAAGGGACAGACGCCUGCUUUGUUGAAGUCGCGUCUUGCCGCCCCGGCUGCUGUUCCGCCCGCUCCGCAGCCUCUGCCGCCGAAAACCACCUCCUUCCCCGUCUUCACCGCUAUGGAGUCCGUGCCGAAGCAGCCCGGAUCUUCCUUUCGCGCCCUGAAGCGCCACAAAAAUUUACACGAAGGGGUACGCAGCGUCUCUGGCGGACCCAUCUCCACGAGAACGAACAGCAACUUGAGCAACGACACCAUGGCAGCGCCCAUCAAGGGCAACGCAGCCGCAGGUGUGGGCGGGGGCAACAGUUGCACCCGCGGGGUGACGCUCGACCCCUUCUGCAAGGAGCGCCAGGGGAACGGCGAAUGCACUGGAAGCAGCGCUCACGACACGGGGCGCGAGCUGGUCGCCGGGUUCGCAGACGGCGUUGUCGGCAGCCAGCCGAACUCAAAGAGCAACAUCCCUGUCAUCGCCCACGUUGUCCCCAUCCCACCCCCGAUGAGCGUGGACGAGUUGGGUUCUCUCCGCGGAACGGCCGGCACUCUGCAGAAGAGCACGCGUCGCGCGAGUAGUAUGCACAGCAAUCACAGCACACAGAGUUCGAUUGAGGUGAUGGCCUCUCUUGAGAAUCCCUCCUCGGUGCGUCGAUCGCAGUGCCCAAGUACCCGGUCGUCGACGCCCCGCACCACGGUCAAAGCCGUCAGCAGCUUCAGUCUCAGCUUAGAUGACGUGCCGCGUCCGCUGAAUCGCCACGCAUCAACUCUGUCGACGGAGCAGCAGGAAGCUCUGCGCCGCACGCCGUCCUUCCUCAGCCGCGCGCACACGCCGCCGCCGUCGAACUUGAGGGAGUCGGUGCAGAUGCGCAAAGGCCGCCGCCUGCUGCAGGUGCGCUGUAAUACGCCGGACGUGCACUCUGCCGCGCCCGGGGUGCGUUCGGCGAGCGAACAGUCGCUGAGCAUCAGCGCCACGGUGCUGCUCAGCGGACUGCCUCCGUCUGGCAGUGACGAUGGAAAGUCAACUGCUCGUUCCUCGGCGAGAAGCACCGAACACGCCUCGCCGUUGCCUGGGCAUGACAAGAAGGGCGAUGUGAGUGUGCAGCCUUUGAAGGACCCGGUGGCAACUGGUUCUGGUGCCGUGUCCCCGAACGGUCCCUCAGACUCGGGCUGCCAUUGCAGCUUCAGCAACGGCGGGUGCGCGGCGGAGGGGAGGGCCAACGAUGCGAGGUUGCUGUCGGAGGCAGGCGCGCCAUCGGCGACGCCUAGACCGUCCAGUUGCGAGACGAUCAAGCCCCGACCGCAGGCGCCACACAUUCCAUCGCCUCCACCUCUCCACCACCACCAGACUUCAGAGCCGCGGCUGGCGGAAGUCUCGCCGCCGCCGCUGUCCUGCGCUCCGGAUCCGGUCGCUACAUCCGCCGCAGGGAGCCAGGACCUGCACAAGAACACGCCUUCAAGCAUGUCGCUUCUCCUCGACGAGGCAGCCGGAUUUGACUUUUACGGGUCGUGCAUGCUGUCCACGCUGCAGUUCAACACAAAGCCGCCGCAGCGCAUCGCAGCCACACCCACGCCCGCCGGCGAGGUGGUACAAGCCCAGCAGGGGUCGUCACAGAAAGAGCAGAAGCCACAGAAGCCGGAGACGUCGCGCAACGGCACUGCCGGCAGUGCUACCGUCAAGGCGGAGAGGCAAAACGAUGUCAGCAUCAGCGUAUCGGAAGGUGUGACGCUGAGCGUCGCGGAUGUGCUCGGCGCAGCGUCUGGGAAGACGGCUGACAAGGCUACUGACGCGAGAAAAGACGAGGAGGUCACAUCCGCGAUACCCAACCAGAGCAAGUCGUCAGCGAAACACGUACGCACGGUGCGGCCGGCAAGCCGCCAGCGCGUAGUCGGUGCGUACGUUGAUGAAGACGAGAACGGGGAUGAGGACAACUUUUACCAGGUGCCCCGCACCAUCCUAACACCCGCCAGCGCAUCCGUGAAGCAGCAGGGCACAUCCUAUGGAGGACCCUCGCUUGUGUCCUCGCCACGGAGAGAAAACGGCCACGCCUACUUGACCGCGACCCCCAGCUCCGCAAAGCCCUUCCAGCCCUUAAGAGAGACCCCACCGACGCCGGCGGCAGCGAAGCCAGAAGCGGUCGCGGCGCCUUUGAGCGCACAGCUCGACCUCGCAUGGAAGGAUAACAGUGAUGAUGAGAGCGAGGAGGAGUACGACAACCUGCUGGAGGGCUUCCACCCUGCCGGCUUCGACGCCCGUCGCGGGGCCCGCAGCAGCAGCUCCAUAGUGUUCUACCUCGACAAGGAGGACAGUCUGAGCAGCAUGGACGUUGUUGUGAGGGCGGCCAGCAUCCCGCGCGGCAGCGGGGCGAUUCCGUCCUCGCUCACUGAUACAAAAGUGCUGCCGCUGAACCAGAAGCCGCAGUCCGAGUACUCGAUGCUGAAGCUCUCCACCACGGCGAAGAUCGGUGGCGGCGGCGCGCGACCGCACGUUACCUUUGACCCCUACAUCGCAGCGAACACGCACCCGGUCGCCCAGGUCACGUCGUCCGUGCCGAGCAGCAUCCUUCCUGACUCGCACGUGAAUAAGAGCCUCAGUUCGCCUGAUAAUCUAGACCAGUACGGCUUUGCCAUAGACUCCAGUUUUUCCUCGCUGCCGUUGAACUCGAACGUGCGAGGCUCGAGGACGGCGCUGAGCCGGAACUCGGCGUCUGGGGUGCAGAGUAGGGCCUCCACCCCCUCUGCCCCCUUUAGCAUCUUCCUUGGGACAACCCUUCGUUUCGCGCCGGAUAGGAGCAAGAUGCACCGGCCACUGGCGAACACGUUUGGGUACACAAACGCGCAGCGUCGUGCCCGCGCAGCCGCGAUGGCGGCAGGUGUGAGCGCGGAGGAGUGGGCACGGGCUGCCGGAAUCGACGAGGACGACGUGGACAGCGAGGACGGCGUCUACGGCGAGGUGUACACGGAUGAGAACGGCGACGAGUGGUACUGGGAGGAGGUGGAGGACGAGGAGUGUGAGGAGGACGAGGAGGACGAAGACGAAGAUGAGGGGGACGUCAGCGAAUUGGCGUGCGCUCUCGAAAAGCGCGGCGCGGGAGUCCAUCGCAGUCCAGCAUCCACCUCAUCCGUCAGCGGCGUCACCGCCACCGCGACACACUAG